AUGGCCAAGUCGAGCUUGCUGUCCGCAGUUCUGCUGGUCGCCUUCUUGGGCUCCACCCUCUCCUUCGUGAACCUCUGUGGGCGACAGGCACCCCGCCAGGAGAGCCGCACGGCACUGCGGGGACAAGCCGGCGCUUCCGCCACCCCGUGGACGCCAGUCCUGACCCGUGACGUGGUGGAGAUCGAGUUCACCGCCCCGGCACAGGGUGCACGCUGCCGUUUCAUGAUCAAGGCCGAUGCCGAUGCCAGCGAGGUGCUGUCAGAGGGCCGCAAGAGGCUGGGCUUCAACCAGGAGUGGAUGCCUGACUCCGACUUCAAGAUCUACAAUUCCGAAGACGAGGAAGCCGGUCCCCUCAAGGGAAAGAUGAAGGACAACGGCCUCAUUGACUUUACCUAUGAGGCUGCUGCAUGUCAAGUUUUGUGA